AAGAUGACUGCCAGUCCGUCCCACUCCCGGUGACUACAAAUGCAGCCCAGAAAACUUCAACUUUCCACACAUGCUCAGAAAGAGAGGCGUGCUCUCUCACGUCACACACGCCCGUCUAUCCCAGCCCGAAAGAAGCGCCGGCAAUCAGAGCGGAGCGAGGAGAUGCUACCGACUGGCAGACACUGACAAAGGCAACAAGUCUUGACGGCCAAAACCGAUCCGGACACUCCUGACUUCCACGUCCAGAGAAACACAACUGACGCAGGAGACCACUUCUGCUUCCUCAUCCUCCCCCAAUCCGAGGGAACUCGAACUCAGGAAGAAGCGACUGCAGGACGGACAGAGAGACAAGAUGCUGGCUCAGAUCCUCAAGGAGAUGUGGGUGGACCCUGAGGUGCUGGAGGCCCUCAGCGAGGAGCAGAAGAAGGUUCUGUUUCUGAAGAUGAGAGAGGAGCAGGUACGGCGCUGGAGAGCGCACGAGGAGAAGGAAGAGCGAGAAGGAAGGACCUACAGGAACACGAAGCCCAAGAAAGCUUCCAGCAAACAAGUGAGCUGGCUCCUCAGUCGGGACGGCGAUGUGAGCGUGACUGUAAUCGGAGAGGUGGAUGAAUUUAGGUCCUCCAAGGUUCUGCAGAACCACAUGAACAGACUCCUCAGUGAUAACAGGAACUGCAUCCAGACGGUGGACCUGCUGCCAGGAAGUGAUGCCCAGCAGCUCAGCAUCAAAGACGACGCCAAGCUCCCUCUCACAGAUGUUAAUGAGGAUCCAGGUUCACCAAUCAACCAGUCAUCUGAGGAGGAGGUAGCGGACUGCAGCACCGACGAGGACCCGAAGGACCCCGACGAAGACGACGGCGUUGAGCUGAACCUCGUCUACAGGCCACAUUUUCGUAGAAGCCUGUUGCUACGAAGCCACCAGUCAGAAGCAGAGAGAGUCACUCCACAGGACGGAGAAACUCGGCGGUGCAGAGAGACGUCAGAAAGCGAAGGUCGCGUGGCUCAUCUCAAGAAGGCGUUUGCGGACGAUGCCUGCAGCAAACCACCAGCCUGCAAAAAACCACCCAUUCCUGUCAAACCGGCUCAUCUGCAGAAAAGCGGCACGGCGCUGGUCCAUUAAGACGCCGUCGCGUCUCCAACCUGCGGAACGUCAACACACCCAACCCCUGAGGAGUGGGAGCUGACGCAAACGCCGCAGCUCAUUUGUACUCCUGCUUGAGGACCCAAGUGGGGGAUAAAUACACUGCAAAAAAAAAAAAAAAGAAAGGACAAGUUUCCUUUUUUUGAACUUUUCCAAAACCUAAUUUAAAAUUUCCACCUGCAGAUGGAGAAGCGUCUGUGGAGGGGAGCUAGACUGUGUACUUAAUGGGGGAAACUGAAAUUCAGACUCUUGUAUUUUUGCAGAGUCUGUAAUCUGGAGGCAGACACUGAAGGGGCUACGCGUCCACAGGACGUGGACACAAACACGCUGCUGAAUGGAAAAACACUGUGGUUUUAUACUGGGAUGACCUUUUCUGAAGUUGGAAACCAAAAAGCAUCAAUCAGUCACAUAUAUUCAUCCAAGUUCAUAUAAACUCUGGACUUUCUGUCUUUUCAGCAGAUCCUGGGAAUGAAAUAAAACAAAUGGACUCAGAAUGAAACGGACUUCUUGUACCUUUAUCCUUAAAGGGAUUUUAGACAAUUUAAUUACACAUCUCAACAUUCACAUGGGAACGCUCCCUUGCACACUGACAAGCACCGACCUGCUCAUCAGGAGCCCUUGAGGCUCCAGAUAUAUAUAACUCAAGAACUUGUCCAAGACUUAGAACAAAACCACUGAGCAAUUUCUGGACAGCAGCGCCUCUUUGUUGAUUCAUAUUUCAUACUCUGUCGCUAAUGGCUUAAUGGUUCACAUUUGAGCUGCCACUCAGUCACAAGGGAAGUUGUUUUAAUACAAGGUUAGCAAGAAACUGCCUUUACUCUCACUAUCUCCUAGAUCUCCCAACAUGACUUUGGUCAAUCGGUCAACCUCUGAAUUUAGCCCAGGAAAUGUGUCAAUAUGUUGGCUCAAUUGAUCAACUCUAAACAUCUUUUCAACCAUAUUAUAAAAGAGUAGGUGACUUUAUGUGUAACAAGUUUCCACUUCAACUUUUCAACCACACUUUUCUUUCAGAAAAACUUUCAGUAGGACAUCUAUUUCUCUUAAUUUUGCUCUAUGGGAAAAAUUUCAGCAGCACCUUAAAAAUUGAUAUUCCAAAAUAAAUAUUUAGAGCUUUAAAUUUGCGCUUUCUGGUGUCGUUUAGUGAGCCAAUCGACACAUUAGCAAGCUAUGACGGUAAAUGCGGUUUUUCUGGAUGUGUUGGCAUGCUAACACUAGUAUUAAGUGUUAGCUAAAUGGUACAGAAGGCCAGGGAAGCACAAAAGCAUGUCAGAGCAGUUAAAACUAUUCAAAAUUUCCAUAAUAAAGUGGACUUCAUUGAUUGGAAUACAUUCCUACAGAUUUUGCUCAGUCAUUGCCCUGGAUAUGUUAGCAUGCUAAUGCUAGCAUUAAACAGCCAAGUGGUACCGCAGGCCCUGGGGGGUAGAAAGGGAUAUAUUAGCAUAGUUAAAACAGGACAAACCUCCACAUUAAAGUUGACUUUAAAGACUUGAGUCCAUGCCUGAAUAUGCCUAUAUUUAAAAUAUGAAGAAAUGUAAAUGUUUUGCACUAGGAUGGCAUGAAGCUUGUGCUGCCUGAUGAGAUAUCUUCCUCAUCUUGAAUUCUUGCGCCACUUUCAGUGUUUGUCUCAGCUGUGGCGACCGCAAGCACAGUUUGCAUCGUCAGCAUCAUUGACAAAGAAACAGUUGUGCUGGGGUAAUUAAAGGAGCUCAGAAAGAGAAGCAAACCUGUUUGUAUUAAAACUUGUUGAAUCUUUAAGCUCGUGAUACCUGCUUGUUGUCAUCCACUGAGAAGGAUUUUGUUUUACAAGAAACUUCUAUGUGUUUAGGCACAACGCUUGGUUUUAAUCCUGAACACUCAGGAUAAAGAUAGCUGUGUGUCAGACACCUGUAUGACACCUCCGAGCCAGCAGGGGGCCCCAGAGAGCUCACGACUUCAAGUACAAACUACAAUCAUCUGAAACCUCAGAAUUUGUAGUCGGAUUGAAAAAAGACAAAAACAAAUUGAGGGUGGUGGAACAGGUGUACCAUGUGGCGAAGCUAUAGUUCUGUUUAUUUUACAUUUUCAAAAGUGAAACAUUUAUAAUUCCUGUCAUCUGAGAAAAAGAAAAAUUCUUCUUGCCAUAAUUUUUGUCAUAACAUGUUUAGCAAAUUCUGCACAGAGUCCAACAGAACCCUGAGUGUGGACAGCGCCCCAGUCCAUCAGAUAUUAGAAGCUGUGAAAAACAUGAAACCACACACAACAGAAGCAAGUGUUUGUAUGUCAUGGUUUGUUUGAGAUGUAGUUACUACCUAACCUGUGGGUCAUAUGUUCACUUUACUUGGUCACCAAUUGAACCCCUGCUCACGCUGACUCUGCUGUUUUUUGUUGUUGUUUUGUAUUAUACCCAAAUAUAAGUGUUUGUACUAUAUAUCCGCUGCCUCUGUGGACAAGAAGGGACACAUUAUAAAACGUUGAAUGUA